UUUUUCAUUUAUUUUACUACAAAAAUAGCUAGGCAAAGAAAUGCUAAGUUUUGUAAUUUCUGCUAGUUUUAAUGUUAAAAUAACUGUGAGGAUGGAUAGACACUCCCUGAUAGCAAAUGCCUGCUUUCCUCUGAUGAAUGUCUUAGCCAAUAAUUUGACGGCAUACUUUUUUCUACAAUCUGAAAAUAAUUGUAUAAUUAUAUUUUCAAAUUUGCAGUUUCCAAUGUUACUGGCCUCAUCCACAGAGCAGUAUUUCGUUUAAUUUAAACCUGAAUUGCAGAACUGGAGAGCCUGUGUCACUUUCUCUUGAAAACAUUCAAAUUGGAAAUGUGUGGAUUUUAGGUCUUUGCAUCCAUAGAAUAAAAGCACUAAAUGAAGGGAACUCUUUUUGGAGUACUGCACUUAGGCACAAGUAGAAUGGAAUUCUGUCAGUGUCCUUUCUCUUUCAUGAAUUUAAUACUUUAGCAAUUUCAUACACAAAAUUCCCUGAAAAUGCUGCAGGAAUGCAGGCAUAAUUUUACCAUCAUAUCACAUUCAACAUGGAAGCAGUAAUUCCAUUUCAUAUUUUCCAUCUGAAAAAAAGUAAUUCAAAAUCUUUCAGAGGCAAAGCUGGGAAAUUAAUCUCAGAGGUCUAGUUUAAUGUACUAUACUCAACACAGACUUCCUCUAAAAAAAAAAAAAGUUGUAUAAAAAACAAAUAUAAGUUUUGGGGUAUUUUUUUCAGCUACAAAGCUUCCUUUUUAUUGGCUAUAAAAAUCAUAGCGGGAUCAAAAUAUGAUAAAAAACAUGGUUAUGUGUUACUCAUAAUCAGCAGGUUACUGGACAGUUUUUAUUCUCAUCUAAUCACCUCUCCAAUCAACCUAGCUGAGAUUAGACACUGCAGUAGCAUUUCAGCUUCUGAAUUCCCAACAUGACUAUGCCCUGUGGAAGGGUGCUGGGGUUCAGGCUUCUCUGAGAAAUAACUCAUGCUGUAGCACAGAGUCUAGCAGUAAUCAAUUUUCAUAGAAAUUUUAUAAACUGCUGUAGAGGAAGCAAACAACUUCACACAGAUUUUCAUCUAAAGAUUUUCAUCAAUAAUCUGCACAGGAACUAUUUGAGAUGUGGAAGGAUGCUUGAAACUGGGGAAAAUAGUACUGUUCUACUGCAACUGUCUUUCUAAAGAGAAACAGCACAUAAUACUUGCAUAUCUAUAAGAAUAAUAUGCAAGAUAUUAUUAUUUUCAAUAAUAAAUUUUCAGUUGAGAAAAUAAUAGUGUCAGUAUUUUUGUUUAGUAAUUACAUGUGAAUUCUAGAUGAUGUAAGAAAGGAAAGGAACAAAUCCUCUUGGAUUUAUCUGACAAAGAUGGAUAGCUCAGAAUUAAGAGAGAUUCCUCUAGGUUCUAUUUGUGGUGAAUGGCAAAAAAUAAAUGUAGUGAAGCCUUCAUUUGUCUUGUCCUAGACUAGAUUGAAUAAACUGUGUCUAAAGUAGUUGUGAUUUUGGUUUUUUUUUCCAUGCUGUGUUAAGGCAGUGCAGAAUUACUGGUUCCCCUGUGAACAUCUAUACAGCUUUUCAGAAAGUUUAGGUGAGACAAACUCCACCUCACACCUAACAGCAUCUUCAGAGUUAGGUUGAAAUGUUAAAGUAGUUUAGUUGCCUUUUUUUAUUUUUUGGUUUUUUAUUUCCAAUGUCAAGUAUAUUACUUAACAUCUUUUAUAAAGUAUCUGGUCAAUUAUGUUUACGAUUCAACAGUUUAUGCAUUUUUAAAAUUAAAGUAUCACUGAAUAAAAGUAAAAAUUCUCUUGGGCUUCCUUCCCUUCCUUCCCUGCUAGUAACACUGGCAACAACAAAUGAUUGCAAAGCCAAAUGUUCUUCUAUCUGAUAUUUCUCUGAAGCUAAGGUGCCUAUAUUGUUUCUAAUGUCUACCCAAGAGAUGGAGAUAAUCUAAGUUGACAAAAUAGACAUAAAUAAAAACCCAAAUAAAUAAACAUGCUCUAUGUACUUGAAACAGUGGAUUGUUAUGCAGUUGCAUGCAAUCAUAAUUGUCACAUCUCAGUUAAGUAUCUUACUUCUUGCAUGAAAAGAAUGUCAAACACUUCAAAUAUAUCUAAAGAUAGUAAAAUAUGUGAAAAUAAGUAAUUUGUGCCUGAAGCAAAGGAUGCUUUAGACAACAUUAACAUACUUGCAUGUGUAUUUUACCAUCAUCAUCAAAUAAUACAGGAGACAGUUCAGAAGGAUGAGUACAAUACAGAGACUAAACUGGCUUUUACAUCAUAGCUCACAGAAAGACUAGUAAUGAUAUGGUCCUACAAUUUUUUAAGGAAAUAAAUAUAUGUAAGUGAAAAAUAUGGGACAUUUCAAAUAGUAGUAGUUAAGCAAAAAGACACUAGAAAAAUUUAGCUAGUCCUCAGUAUAAAUUGGAGGCAGAAAAAUAUCAAUGUCUCUUUGAAAUAAUGUGAGGUAAAAGUCUCAUGAAGACUGAGCUCUAUUCCAGGUGUUGCUAAAAAUAGAAAGAUAAUGCUGACAGUGUUGGGUGAAUAGAGUAGGCUCAAAAAUAAACUUUAUAGAAACAGUGGUCAUAUUUAUAUACUUUGUUAGAUUUUCUUUGGCAUUACCAGAGAAAUAAGAAUUUAAAAAAAAACCAAAAAACCAAAAAACACCAACAAACAAACAAACAAAACAAAACAAAAAGAAAAAAAGAAAAAGAAAUGUCCCAAAACCUUGGAAAAAAGGUCCAGUCAGCAACGGGUAUAGAGAGACUCAUACGUAUUCACAGGAUAUGCCUGAAUAUUUCCUUUGUUGUUGAACACUUCAACUGCUUGUUGGCCCACAGAAGAACCAGAUUGUGAACUGAUUUAAAAUCAGAAUAACCUUUUUUUCUUUAGAUUUACAGCAUUGCUAAAGUCUUGAGGAAGCCCAUCUCUCUAAGACCCUUGCACAGCACCUGUGACUAUUCUUCAGACUGCUGCAUUUACCCAGCAAUUUCUUCACGGGAAGACAAUAUCUCUAUUUGUUUUGUAAAUGAGGAAGUGAAGAGCACAGACUCGGUUGGCCCUGGGUCAUGAAGUGAAUCUGUGGCAGACCAGAGAACUGAUCCAAGUUGUCCAUCACCUCAUCACAGUACCGUAAUCACUGAACUUUCAAAAGCAUGAAUGGGACAGCCGUUGAGAAUUUUGUCUGUGUCAUUUUUAAUGUUUCCUUCAUGAACUGCACCUGGCAUGUGGGCAGGACUGCUGCAGAAGAUACCCAAUAUUUCCUGUACUGGAGGCCCUCAAAGAAAGAAGAUGUCACAGAAUGCCAAAAUUACAUCAAAGAUGACUGUGGAAGACACAUAGGGUGUCAGUUUCAAAAUGUGAGAAUAGAAAAUAAGAUUGCUUAUUUCCUGGUAAAUGGGUCCAGAAGCGGACAAAACAUUCAGUCAUAUGAGAAGAAGAUACUACUAUACCAAAUUGAAAAACUCACCCCUCCAUUAAAUGUCUCAGUGAACUGUACAGAAGCUUCUCAUAGAUGCAGUAUUUGGUGGCAACCACCUCACACAAGUCAUGUGAAAAAAAGUAGUUGUUUCAAAUAUGAAAUUGUCAUAGAAAACAAGGCUGAUGCUGAGAAAAAUACCAAAACCGCAUCUAAAACAAAAGCAAUCAUUGAAAAUAACUCCUACCUAUAUGAAAGCUUCCACUCAGGAAAAAGGUACAGUGUCAAAAUCAGAGCGACAGACGGGGGCUUUUGUUUAGUAAGCCCGAACUGGGGAGAGUGGAGUACACCUGUGGAGUUUGGCAUGAAUGGGUCAGCCAUUGAAAACUUCUCCUGUGUGAUUUAUAACAUCUUCCUCAUGAACUGCACUUGGCUGCAAGGAAGGGAUGCUCCAGCAGACACACAGUAUUUUCUCUACUGGCAGAAGUCAGGAGAGUAUAAUCAGAUGGAAUGUGAGCUUUACAUUAAAGAUGAAAAUCACAGAAAUAUGGGAUGUAUCUUCCAAAAUGUGAGCAUAGGGAUUGAAAAAGCUUACUUCCUGGUGAAUGGAUCCAGCAACGACUCCCUGAUCCAGUUCUAUGAUGAGUACAUUGACCUGUAUAAAAUCGAAAACCUCAUGCCUCCAUCAAAUAUCACAGUUAACUGUGAUGAAAUCAAAAAUGAUUGCAUAAUUCAAUGGCAACAACCCCAAAUAAGUCAUUCUAAGAAAGACAUGUGUUUUAAAUAUGAAAUUAACAUAAAGUAUAAGGAUAAUCCUAAAGGAAAACCCAUAUAUGUUUCCAUACAAGAAGGGGGAAAUAGUAACAUAUUUCUAAGAUCCAAUAGAAGAAAGAAGUAUGUCUUGAAAAUGAGAGCAGCUGGCAGUGCCUGCCUCGUGAACCCAGGCUGGGGGGAAUGGAGUGCACCCGUUGAGUUUGGAAAUGAGGAAAUUAUAUCUUCUUCAGUAUGGAUUUUACUUGGGGUAACAGUUGCGACACCCUUAAUGGCAAUUAUAACUUUUUUUUUCUGUAAAAGGACUGGCUAUUGGAAGGCAGCAUUUCCACAGAUCCCAGGACCAAAACCUGCUUUUUUUACACUGGCUGAUACAAAUCCAGAGCUGAUGGACGGCAAAAUUCAGUCAAUAACAUCUGAAAAUGAAGAGAUAGUAUUAGUUGUUGACACCGUGAGAUAAGCAAGAAAAAUGGAGCAGUCUGAAGUGAUUUCUUAGCUCACUGUAUAUUCCUGUGCAAAGUCUGGAAUAAUAUAUAGGCUUUCCUCACUUUCUUCUUUUUCUUGUACAAAUUAGCAAUGCAACCAAGAGAGAAAGAUACCUCACAUGGAAUCUUCUAAAAUGCCAUUGUAUUUGCUUCUAGUUUUGGCUGGGUUUUCCUGUUUGGACAAGUCGUCUUUAUUGGAUAUCUUCUCUUUUGUAAAUAUGAUAGAAAUAUUUCAUUCAAGAAGUUUUAGUUACAUUUUAAUCUUAAGGAAAAAUAAUUGUUUUUCUGUCUCAUAUUAAAAAGAUUAAUAGUUAAUUUAUUGAGAUGAAUACAAUUUUAAAAAAUCUGAUGCCUGAAUUCCAUUGUUCUACUGUCAAAAAUGGGCCAAUUCAUACUAGAAGUUUCUUUGAAGCUCUUCAAGUACACAUGGGACCUAGAAAAAUGAGAUUCACUCAGAUUUUUACACUAGACAUUUGAACAUUGUUAUUUGAUUAUUAAGACUAAUUUUAUAAUGAUACUAGAUGUUUUAUUGUUAGACUAAACAUUCCUGGGACUAUUUUCUUGCACAGAGGCCAAUUGACAUGUAAUAGUCCAGACAUGCUUUCUUAAAGCUCUGAAUAAGGUGAACACAUGCAAACUACCUUUAGAAAUUAGCCCUGGCCUGAGCCAACCUCUGGACUUUGUCCAGGAGCUGUUCAGGACAUUAUUUGUAAAUCUUGGCCAAACUAAUGCUGGGAACAGUUGUUCCUGGACAUAUUCCAGUGCUGGGGAGCCUUCCAGUGCUGUGCUUUCUCCAGUUUAUACUGUAGCUGAACACAAACAGCUCUUGGGACACCUACUGCCUUUGAUAGAGUUAAUGAUUACCUUUUAGUCAAAGACUCACCUGGGAAGCUUUUUGUAGCAGGUCAGAACAACCAAGCACAUUUCUAAAAGAGGCUGGAUUCAUGCUGGGCACAACUGUAAACCAUUUUUUGUAUUUUUCCCAGUAUGCAGCAGUAGUCGGAGUGGAAAUGCUCACAAUAACUUGCUAAAAGAGUGAUGGGGUUGUAACAGACUGUCCUGGUUUAUAUAACCUUGCACAGUAACUCUCCUCUUGGGCAAAAAUGCCUGAGUGAGGCAUAGCUUGGUUCCACUCCACCAAAAUCUAGCCAUGAGCUAUGAACAACCAUUCAGUGGCUCAGUGUGAGGAAGGGAAUAGUAAAGUAUAAUAAAAACAGUAACAAGACACUCAAGAGGUGACGUUGGGGUCUUGUUAAACUGAACCUAAGCAAGCUCCUCAUUUGUUUCCUGCUUUCUCCUGGAAAAGGAUAACAUACUUAACAGAUUCAGGAAAGGCGUUACAGAUAGAAACAUGAUAAAUUAGUUCAGGUUACAGUCCAAAAUCAUUGAAUCACAGAAUGAUUAAAGUUGAAAAAUACCACCAAAAUCAUUGAGUCCAACCCUUGACCUAACAUCACCACUUUUUCAACUAAGUCAUGUAACUAAGUGCCACAUUCAUUCAUUUCUUGAACACUUCCAGGGAUGGUGAGCCAUUCCUCA